AUGACAUCUGGGGGAACUGAGAGCAUUCUGAUGGCCUGCAAGGCGUACCGAGACCUGGCUUACGAGAGAGGCAUCAAACAGCCAGAAAUGUUGGUCCCGGUGAGUGCUCAUGCAGCAUUUGACAAGGCAGCACACUACUUUGGACUGAAGUUGAUUCACAUACCGUUGACCAAGGAUAUGGAAGUGGAUAUUCAGGCAAUGAGGAGAGCUAUCUCAAAGAACACAGCCAUGCUGGUCUGUUCUGCUCCCCAGUUCCCUCAUGGAGUUAUGGACCCGAUUGAAGAGGUGGCAGAGCUUGCAGUGAAGUACAAAAUCCCCUUACAUGUCGACGCCUGCCUGGGUGGUUUUCUUAUUGCUUUCAUGGACAAGGCAGGGUUCCCUCUAAAGCGUCCAUUUGACUUCCGCGUAAAAGGUGUGACCAGCAUUUCUGCUGAUACCCACAAGUAUGGCUAUGCUCCCAAGGGUUCCUCAGUGGUGCUGUACAGCGACAAGAAGUACAGGAGCUACCAGUUCUUUAUAGCACCUGACUGGCAAGGGGGCAUAUACGCCUCCCCCUCCGUGGCGGGCUCCAGGCCUGGUGGAAUCAUAGCUGCAUGCUGGGCAACUCUGUUGCACAUAGGAGAAUCGGGCUACGUUGAGGCUACGAAGAGGAUCAUUAAAACGGCUCGUUUCCUCGAAUCAGAGUUGAGAAAAAUUGACAGCAUCUUCAUUUUUGGGAAACCUGAGGUGUCUGUCCUCUCCAUUGGUUCGGACACUUUUGACAUUUAUCGAUUAUCCAAUUUCUUAACUGCAAAAGGGUGGAACUUAAAUGUCCUACAGUUCCCAUCAAGCAUUCAUAUCUGCAUUACGCAGUUGCACACAAAGUCUGGUGUUGCUGAACAGUUCCUGAAAGAUGUGAAAGACAGCAUUGAGGACAUCAUGAAGGACCUCCACGCCAAGACCACAGGCAUGGGAGCCAUCUAUGGAAUGGCCCAGUCCGUCCCAGACAGGAGCUUGGUAGCGGAGAUUUCUCAGGCGUACUUGGACGGCCUCUACAGCACGGAUGUUCCUUGCAGUGAAAAGCACAUGAACGGCUCUCCCGGCCACCACUGACUGUAGAACAACAAUUGGUGCCUUGCCAGCUAGCACUGGGUUGGUUCUAAAGGUUUCCUAGGGGAAGAGAUUGCAGUAAGCCUUUGUUCCUACAAUUGCAGGUCUGAUGGCGGCUUGAUCUUGAAAACUUCCUUCCCCGUCUUAGUCUGUUCUGAAAUCGGCAUUAUCCUCAUGCCCAAUUUUAGUUUUAGGGCUUUUCUUCCCUUCCCCCCGCCUAUUUUCAUCAUGACUAUUGAUGGUGAAUUUAAUGUCCAUUCCACAACUCCAAAUUCCUCAGGUAUUCUGUGUGUCAUUUCAUUCCUUGCUGUUUCUUCUCCUCAGACCUGGUAUUCAGCUGGUGUCCAGCCAAGUGUUAGAUUUGAGUUCUCAUGUUGUGUUGCAAAGCUUCAGUCUUCCCAGAAGUCGAAGGUAGAAAAUAAAUUGAAAAUUUUGUUUUCUUUUGAGUAUUCCUCCAAGCUACUGCAUUUAACAGACUGUGCCGGGAGCCUUAUAUCUGUGUGAUGCAGAGCCAAUGAAUUGGCAAAGGAAAGAUGGUCAUGUACUCUUUUUGAAACCCUCUCUG